UUUACGGUCGUUUGCCCAGAAUCAUAAGCUCGGAAGAAUCGUCGAUGGAGCCUGAGGCCGAGCCGGAGGUCGAGAGCGGAGAAGAGAUGGAUGUUGAAGAGGGUGAGGACGGGGAGGAAGUUGAAGAUGUUGAAGUUGACGAUGAGGAGGAUGCGGAAGGUGAAGUUGAUGAGGGGGAAGCGGAGGAAGAGGGAGAAGAUGAAGACGUCGAUGUCGAGGAGGGCGACGACGACGAAGACGCUGAAGGAGAAGAAGACGACGAGGAUGAGGAGAAUGAAGAUGACGAGGACGUAGGGGCGAAGGGGCUGUCAAGGGGACCCUCUGAACUGGAUGACCUAUCAUCACUGGCGGCGUCUCCGGCACCAGCGCCCUCUGAGACCCGCACAGGUCUCAAGAUCACGCUCAAAAGACCACCCCAAAAAGCCAGCAGUAGCAGAGGAGGCCGGUCAAAUGUGGGCCUGGAGUCUGAGGACUCUUCCGACGAGAUCAUCGGUGGUUCUAGUCGUCCAUUGACCGCCAGACAGGCCGUUCUAGCGAGUGGUGUUGAUCCUGCGCAUGUAACGUUGACACCGGAACCGUCAAAGAAAAAGAAACAUUUGAACGAAGCUGAACUUGCUCUUCGACGCGAAGAAACAGCACGUAAACGGAAGCAUUUGUCCGAGAAGAAACUCGAGGAUGAGAAGGCUGAAACAAUCAACCGCCUCCUAAAAAAACAAUCCCGACCCCGCGGAAAACGUAGCGCACUCGCCACCGCCGACGACCGUACCCCCGCCUCACGCCCUAAUACUGGAACCGGUGUCGCAGGAACACCAGCUGAUGAGGAUGAUGAGUCGAUGGAGCCCGCGGAAAUGGCUGUUCAGGAGCUGCCGACGUGUUGGAGGUGGGUUUCUUCGACAACUAAGGUUGCUGGAGCGGCGGAGGGUGGCGAUGCCAAGAAAGCGAGUAACGGCGAGGAUGUCGUGAUGAAUGGAGAUGGACAUGACGAAGGCACUCUUAACACGGUGGCUGUGGAGGGAAGAAAGAUGGUAUUGUCGUUUUCCAUACCGGUGUCCAUCCUCCCGCCACCCCCAGAAGCCAUCGCGCUCGACGCAGCGUCAGCUGGCAUGGAUGUCGACGGUACCUCGUCACGGCCCAGGAGACCCAAAACGAAGACGACUUCGCUAUGCGACGUUGAUGGAUGCGGGAAGGGGAGGAAAUAUAGGCUUGUGAAGGAUUGGGAGAGGGGGGCUUGUGGGAUGGAGCACUUGAAGGCUUUGGAGGUAAGCUGAGACGUGCCUAGGCGGGAUGGCCGGAGUGCGGCGCUUCGCGGACUGGAUCUUGGUUUGUUUGUUUGUUUUUGGAUGGUAUCUAGGCUGUAUUUCUAUGCCUGUAUACAGGAAUUUUUUUUGGUUCUCCGCACUGAAUAGUGAACAGUCAUACCGCGACCACCUGGAUUGGUUUCUUGAUACUCACCAUGUAUCGCCUUCGAGCGCGCUUUGCCUCAAGAACUCCUGCACGCGAAAACAGAGUUUCCAGGGCUGCUGCGAACGGGAUUUUAUACCCGCUCUCGAGAGCUAGUAUAGCGACCAUCCCGUCGCUUUUCCAUCCCUGAUCUCAGCUCCCAGUCCAGGCCUACAUUUUAGUUGCUCUAUUGUCAUGAUUGAGAUGGUCGCCGGAUCAUCCUGCAGGCAACCUGCAGGACACGGCAGCGCUAUGUACGCGAGCAUCACUCUUUCCUCAGUUGGAGAUGCCUAUAACAUAUCCUACCAUCGUCGGACCCCGUGUACUUCCAAGUUGCUGCCAAGGUACCAAAGAGCGAUACAUACAGCAGCAUCGAGGACAGUCCUAGCAGC